AUGCGGCGCUCCUGGUUUAACGGGUUUAAUUCGAAGACAAGCCCCGAGCCUGCGGAGCCCGCUGUGGUGCCCCAUCGAAAUAAUCACUGCAACCACCGCACAUGGCCUCCAGCCUCUGCCUCUGUCUCUGCCAGUGAUUCGCCUUCUUCUCUCCAUCAUUCGUCGCCUUCGCCCUCACCAACACCCCAACCGCCGACUCCGCGCGACCCCGACCUUGGACUUGGCCACCCCAGCAUUUCAGCGUCCAUCGCCCCCGCCAAGCCGAUUGCCAUCACAGCACUGCCGGCGCGAAAUAUUUCUCCCUCUGCGUCACCCACGGCGAACGCGCUCAAUUACAUCGACUUGGCUCACGACGACGCCGCCCACUGCAUCCCCCGCCGCGUUUCGACUCUUUUCGACUUUGAGACCGCGACUGAUCUCGGCAUCGAUACCGACAUGACCACCGGUCCCAACCUCGACUCGGCCGCCGGCCGCAGUCGCCAUGACUCGUUCGUCAGCGCAGGUGCCAAGCCCAUCUCCAUGUCCAACCCGAAUCGCGACCAUGCCAACCGCGGCCGCCGUGAGAGUCUUGCAGGCAGCAUGAUGGGCGGCAUGAGCUGGGGAGGCAUUUCUGUUGGGAGUUUUAUCCGAGAAGACAUGGUCAUGACGGGCACCUCGCCGUACGUAAAUCACCAGUCCGGCUCCUACACUUCGUCUUCGUACAUUCCCAGGUUGGAAGCCAGCUUUAUGCGCGACUUUGUAUGCUGCGACCGCACAUGGCCGACGCUUCAUGAUCUUCUACAGCACUACGAGGAGAAUCACCACGCGGCGGCAACACCAGGCGGCUCGAGGGAUGCCUUCGGCAAUACGAGUCAGACCAACUCCCGCGGUCCCGCGAGUCGCGCCACGUCUGUCACCCCCUCGGUAGGAAGGGCGCAACAGGCGUCACAGUCGAUGCAUGGCUUCCCCCAACAGCGCCAGGUCGGCGCGGGCAUGGGCAUGGGCGGGAUCGGGCAGAUGAUGCGACAGCAACAGCCUUCAGCGGCUUCCCAGAAGUCCAACACGCUGUCCCAUAUCAAUGAUGACAUGGACGCCGUUGGCGACAUGGAACUAGAUGAAGCAGUUGGGCCGAUGGACAUGGAUGACAAUCAGCGCACCAUUCAACAGACCCGCCAGCUCUUUGGUCAACAACAGAGGCCCCAGUUACACUUGAACAGCUCCGUGCUUCCUCACCAAGCUCUCCGCACCUCGCAACCUCCCACUCCCGCAGCUGCUAGCUUUGGGUUUCAGAACAAUCCGACCGUCUCAUCCGUCAACACACCGACUCUGACAACCCAGCAAGGACUGCCGCAGAGGGGCCAACAGUUCGCUCAGGAUGGGAAUGGCGACGAGGACGACGAGAUCCCUGGUAUGCCCAUGAAGAUGAGCCUUGGCAACCUGAAUUUGGGUCUUGGAUUCGGGGCCUUGGGUACGAUUGACGAUCCCGCAAAGCGCCUGUAUAGCCCCGGCGGAACGACGCAGAUGACCAGCCAACAGCGGGCUUUUGAUCAGCAAAUGCAAAUGCAACAACAAUUGCAGCAGCAUUUGCAAACCAUGAACCUUGACUUGAGCCAGUUCCCAGCGGGCACCGACCCGGCAAUGCUCUUGCAGCAGAUGACAGCACUCAUAAUGCCGCCCGCUGAAGAGCACAAGCCGUUUAGGUGUCCUGUCAUUGGUUGUGAAAAGGCUUACAAGAAUCAGAAUGGCCUGAAGUACCACAAAACCCACGGGCACUCUACACAACAGCUGCACGAAAAUGGCGAUGGCACCUUCUCGAUUGUGAAUCCGGAGACCAGUACACCGUAUCCUGGAACGCUAGGCAUGGAGAAAGAGAAGCCUUUCAAAUGUGAUGUUUGCGGGAAGCGCUAUAAAAACCUCAAUGGGCUCAAAUAUCACAAGCAACACUCACCAAUGUGCGAUCCGGAUCUGAGGGCUCAGCACCAAACUCUGCUCUCUUCAAUGAUGCAGAACCCAGCCACGUUCCUCGCUCUUCAGCAAAACCUGCCCAACAUCACCGAGGAUACGAUGCACUAG